AUGCACGGCGCCUUGAAUGCCGCUUGCAGCAAGCUUGCUCCCCACAGCGUGGCUGAUGUGCUUCUGGCCCUGGCGACACACCAGCUCUGCCCGGUGACACUUCUGGAGGAGCUCCAAACCUUGCUUCCGCGGGUUGCGCCGGAGAUGCAGCCAGAUGAGGCGCUGACAUCGACUUGGGCCCUGAUGGCGCUCCUUUUCACGCGGGCAGGCGUGCUGCCCGUGCUGCUGGACAGGGCACUUCAAGGCGACCUGGGCCAGGCCGAGGCGCGGCAGCUUCGCCAGAUCUUCUUGUCUCUUCGGCUGGAAGAAGGAGCCGAGGAGGCUUUCAAAGCCCAGGCGCCUCAGACCUGGCAGCGCCUUGCAGAGCUUGCAGCUGAGUCGGGGCAGGAGGACGCCGAAGCUGCAGCAGAGGUCGCAGCAGAAAACUUGGCCGAACGACUGCCGGAGGGGGCUGCAACCAUCAUGCUGGGCGAGUACGUGGAGGAUUUCUACUUCCUGGAUCUUGCCCUGCAGCCCAGCGGUGAGGGUGCGCGGCGCAUCGCCGUGGUCUUGGAUGCAGCCAGUGCCGCAGAUGCCCAGGCGCCCCACAGCCCCUUCACCACGCUCAAGUGCCGUCAUCUUCGGAAGCUCGGUUGGGACGUGGAAUGGAUGCCCCUCCGCCGUUGGGAGAUGGAUGAGGAGGCUCGAGCGGAGAUGGUCGAGCGGCUCUUUGCGGCCUCUGGGCGAAGGUGA